AUGGGUAUCCUGAGCUCAAAUCAGACUCACUGUGUCCUGUGUAAUAGACAGGAACUGGAGACCAGUAACCACAUCUUCUUUGAAUGUCAAUUUUCAGCUGAAGUCUGGAAUUUAGUGAUGGAAUGGUUGAAAUAUAGAUGGAGGUCAUGUGUAUGGGGUUUGGUUUUGAAUUGGUAUUCUUAUAGUUUGAAAGGAAAGGGCCCUAUGAAGAAAUUGAAGAGGAUGUGCCUAUCCACUGCUGUUUAUAUGAUCUGGAGGGAGAGAAAUCGGAGAAUCUUUCAAGGCAAAAGGAAGCUCUCUGCUCAGAUUCUUAGUGACAUCAAGUUUUCUGUUUUUGCAAAAGUUCUUAAUGAUAAUUCAAAUGUACAUAUGAAGUAUAUUCUUGAGAACCUGUAA